GAGCUGUGGCGCCGGCCCAUCCUCUACUUCUUUCCCAGUCCACAGCAGAGAGCUGGAUUGGAAGAGGAGCAGCCGGAACUAGAACCCGGCACACAUAUGGGAUGCCAGUGCUGCAGGCGGAGGAUUAAUCUACUGUGCCACAGAGCCGGCCCUGAAAAGUCUUUAUCAACCUGGGCCUGAGCCCUAAAUAUUUCAUUACCUUGGGGUCUGUUGUUGUUGUUGUUGUUUUUAUGUACUUGAGAGAGAGUUCAUGUCUGCUGGUUCACUCCCCCAGACACCUACAACGGCCAGGGCUGACCAGACACCAAAGCCAGGAAUCAGAAACUCAGUCCAGUCUCCAUCUAGAUGUCAGGGACCCAGCUGCUGGAGGCCUCCCCGCAGCCUCCCAGGAUCUGCGUGGGCGGGAAGCUGGAGUCCGGAGCAGGGGCCGGGAGUUGAGCCUAAUGGCGUGGGCGGAACUCCUGCUGUAUUCUGUUCUCCCAGUCUCACUAAUGGAGAUCUUAAUUAUGCAGCUUCGGAACUACCCCUUCAUGGUUGUUUAUGGGCACUUAGGGAUAUAUAUUUAUUAUUUAUUUGAGAGGUACAGUUGCAGACUGUGAGAGGGGGAGAGACAGAGAAAGGUCUUCCAUCUGCUGGUUCACUCCGAUUGGUGGCAUUUCUAGGAAGAGCAGCAAAGGACUGCACACCCCGCUGACCUGGCCCCAGUUCUCUGUGGGGAUGGAGGCAGUCACAUUAUCGGCACGAUGCCAUCAGUAUGAGGCACUUCCCCUCACUAUUGUCAGAAGAUCAAGUCACACUGACCUGCUUGAUGCUGCAACAGGCCUUCCUCAUCUCUUUAUUUUCCAAUAUCAGUCCACUCAUUCAUUCCAUCAAGCAGCAGAAUUUUAUUCCAACCAUGCCAGAAUUGUCCAAGGCCCCAGGGAUUCCAGAGGCCUUCUGAGGCCUCGGGUCUUCCCGCGGAGAAUUGACCGGCAAUGAGUGAAGCCUGCCACCAGUGCCCUGGCUGCCCCGUCGCUGUGAGUCCCUUGUCCCUAGGGCCCCGAAGUGGAGGUUGGGGACUCAUGACGAGAGAUUACACGGCUGUAGGAUGAUACAGACUGCAGCCUACCUGUUGGCUUGAGACUAAUUCCCUGAAGCUUCCAUUUCUAGAAGCUAAGUGUUUCAGAGUAGAGAAAGGUGACAUCUCCUGAGCAAAGCAACUUAGCAUGAAAGACUUCUCAUAGAAAUAAAAUCUGGAGUAUUUCAGGCUAGUUGGCUUCUUGACUCUCAACAUAGCAAACUGUAUAUCUUAAACUAAAAAUGUCUGAAAAUUCAAGUAGCAGGUAGAUUUUUCCUCUUCCCAGAGGGAAACAGCAAACACGAUACUGAGCCUAUCAUAAAAAAUGAAGAUUCAGGGGCCAGCGCUGUGGUACGGCAGGUAAAGCCACCAUUUGCAGUGCCGACAUCCCAUAAGGGCACCAGUUCCAGUCCCAGCUGCUCCACUUCUCAUCCAGCUCCCUGCUAAUGCCCCUGGGAAAGCCAUAGAAGAUGGCCCAAGUGCUUGGGACCCUGCCACCCACAUGGGAGACCCAGAUGAGGUUCUAGGCUCCUGGCUUUGACCUGGCCCAGCCCUAGCCAUUGUGGCCAUUUGAGGAGUGAACCAGUGGAUGGAGGGUCUCUGUCUCUCGUUCUCCCUCUAACUCUGCCUUUCAAAUAACUAAAAUAAAUCUUUGGAAAAAAAAAAAAUGGAGAUUCAAGCAUGGGCGAGUGCUGUUUGCAUGUGGCUUGAGUGCGUUCCCAAGGUUCACGUGCAGGAAGCCUGAUUCCCAGGGUGGUGACGUUGAGGGGGUAGAACCUACAAGAGGCGGGGCCUAGGGGAAGAUGGUUAGGUCACAGAGGGUGCAGCCAUCGGAAGGGAUCAGUAUAGUUGUCACAGGACCACAGUAGGUCCCACAGAGCAGGUUGGCUUCCUGUCACCCUGGGAUCUCCACAGCCACACCCACCACCACCACUGUGAUGGCACAUGCAGUGAGGCUGAGCCAGAGGCCAGCCUUCCAAACUACAAGCUAAAUAAACCACUCCUCUCUCUGUACCUUACCCAGCCUCGGGCAUUCUAUUGUAGCAACAGAGAGCAAACCAACACCAGCAUGUAAGGAGUCAACACGACACAGUCAACAACACACAGACACCACCGGGGCUGACCACUUGUGUCCUCCCGCGUGGCAGCCUUGAAGUUCUCAGAAAUGCCUUUGGGAUCUCCCUCGCCUCGCCCUGAUGAAUAGAACCUGGCCGACUUCUAUUCGUACUGACCUUUCCGGCCAGCAGUCACUUGGCCACACCGCUAGUCUGAUCUCCUGAACGUGCUUCUCCACUCUCCAUGGCCAGGCUGUGAACUGUUCAAGUCUUUCCACUCUGCUUCUCCUUCAGUUACGACUUGCAUCUUUAAGCUGUGUCUCUGCUCUCACGGAUCACUGGCUGCGGUUGAAGGUCGCCGUGCCCCAGGCUGGGUGCUUUGCUGCUUGGAGGAUUCCUCUGCUGGGUGACCCCGGCACACAGGGCAGCCGCGUCUUCACUGCUGUGGACCAGGGACGGCCUCCACUCCGUUCCUUGUUCCUAUCUGGGACCUCGUCUGAGUGGACUUCACGGUCCAUGUUUGCCCAGUAUCCUGAGGGUAUACGGGUGCUUCUGCCUCACCAGGCUAGCCACAGCGAGCACAGAUCUUCCCUGGAAGCUGCACGAGGUAAUAAGAUCCCAGCAGAAUGUCCCUUGAUAAAGACAGACGCCCAGCGAGGAGCAGCAGGGCGUCUUCGCUUCCUAAGUGUUCGCUGCCAGAAUUAUUUGAAUGUGUUGAGAAUUUGACCAAGGAAAGCAAGAAAUCCAACCUCCAAAAGACUCAGGGUCUUUCAGUGAAGGAGGCCCAGAAAAUGCUCACCCAAAGCCUGAACGCCAUGGCGGCGCUCAGCGGAGCUGGGGGGAAAGAGGGAGAGGCUGUGGCUGCCUCCGCGGGCACAGCAGCCACGGCGGCCAAGAGAGAGGACAAGAGGCCCAAGUCCAUGACCGAGCUCCUGCAUCACAGCCUCGUGUCCGACUCGCUGUCCCCGGUGGAGAGGCUCUUCCGGUCCCGCCAGAGACUGUCCCACGACGGGAUCCCCGCUCCCAUGCACAAUUUCCCCUAUGACAUUCUCGUCAGUCACUCGAAAGCCUGGACACUGAUCACCGCCGAGGACGAGGUGCCCAAGGCCACGAUGCCGCAGAGAACAGCGCUGCCCAGCGCUCCGCCCGAGAAGAUCUACGAAGACAGGCUUCCUCGCCUCUUCCUGGUCUACGCAGAAAAGCAGUUUAUAGAUCUAAAGGACCUGGAGUUGAAGUACUUUAAGGGGCUGGUGAAGUGGAGCCGCACCACGGCAGUUUCGUUCCCGGAGAUCCGCUAUGACACCGAGAAGAGAUUUGUGCAGAGCCGGGACAUGCCUGCCGUCUUCCCUCCUCUGAUCCGUAAGACUCUGUUCGUUUAUCCUCAAGUUGACUAUCAAACAGAAUCCAAGUAUCCUCUUAAAUGGGACAUAUAGUUCGUUAAAAUAGUCUGGAUGUGUGUGUUUGCCGUCGAGACCACUGAAUUUAUACAUAACAGCAAAGAAGAGGUGGCACCCACUAGAACAACUGAACUACGGCAAGACUCAUGGAAGGUCCCACAGUAAACCAUGGAUAUGGAGUAACAGAACCAAACCGGUCUGCCGUUAUGAGACCCUGUUCGGAACUGGACAACCUGCCUGGACCAAGGCUGAAGCCAGUAUGGCUCAUGUGAAAAUAAAGGCUACCCAGGAAGGAGAGACUCCUGAACAACAGCAGCUCUGCAGAAAAGCGGAAGCACACGUCCGUCGUCACAAGGACAGUUGGUAAAUUCAACAGGUGCAGGAACUGGUAGCUCGGGGCGCAGAGGUCACUCUGAGGAGUUGAAUGUUAACUGCAUAGAGACCUGGGAACAAAACAAGUUUGGAGAAGAAACACAUUGGGAAUCUUGGAAGUGGAAAAUGUUGUCAAUGAAACCAAGAACCUUCCAAAAUUAUCCCAAUUACGCUCUCUGCCUGUGAGGAGGACGGACUAAUAAGCUGGGGAAUCAGACCGAGAAGCCUCGAGAUCGCAGCACAGCGCGGUAGGGCUGGAAGCUAAGAGUUCAGAGUGCGGACGGAGGAAUGAGAGGUUCAGAAACAUGUCAGGUAGAAGUUGUAGAAGAAAGUGGGGAGGUGAGGCUCAAAAAGCAAACAACUGAUACUUUUCCAGGAAUAAAGAAACGUAUGGGACUUUGAACUGAAAAAAAUUCCAUGGGAUGAUUAGCAAAAAAAUAAAUAAAAAUAAACCCCAAUCCUAGAAACACCAUAGCAAAAAUGCGGAGAACUAAGCAGUACAGGGACACAUAAUCUACCACGGCCAGACAGACAGAAUCCUCACCAAGACAUGAGACGUCAACGGGAGAACCCCAUGAGCAAUAGCAGUCAGGAGGUGAUGGUGUCACGCACUCAAAACCCUAAGGGAAAACAACCACUGGUGUGGAAUUCUACCCAACCAAGCUCUCCUUAUGCGGCAGAGGUGAAAUAAAUAUACUCAGAAACAUGUCAGAGCCCAGAAUUAUUUACUAUCCACAGCUCUUAAUGAAACAGAAAUAACCAAGCAGAAAACUACCAGUAAAAUAUAUACUUCAGCAAGAACCCAGAGGGAAUGCAAAAAAUAAUUGUGAGCAAUUGUGUUACUGAUAACAGAUAUGUGAAUCAUUAUAUAGCUAAUUAAAAUACAUUUCUGGA